AUGCUGGAGCACCCUCCAUGUGUCCGGAUUGACCCUGCCCCUUUCAGGCCUCAGCCAAUCAGAUGCAACAUGGAUAAGCGAGAUAUGCGUUUUGAGUUGGAGCGCCAAGCCUGUCAGAGUCUCAGACAAGUUCUUCAGCUGAAGUUGCAACAGAGAAGGAGCAGAGAGGAGCUCGUCAGCCAGGGGAUCAUGCCACCACUGAAAACUUCAGCUGCCUUCCAUGAACAGAGAAGGAGCUUGGAACGAGCUCGGACGGAAGACUAUCUCAAGAGAAAGAUCAGGAGUCGACCAGAGAAAUCUGAACUGAUCAGGAUGCACAUCUUGGAGGAGCCGUUCCUUCAGGUCAAGCAGCUACAGCUGAAGAAAGCAUGCCUCGCUGUUGAUUUGAAUGAUAAGAUUGCCCAGAGGCCAGGGCCCAUGGAGCUGAUCCAUAAAAACAUUCUACCUGUUCACUCCAGUAUUAAACAAGCCUUCAUAGAGACGCAGUUUCAAAGAGCCUCGGGAGAGAACUCUUCAUUUGAUGAGGACACUAAUGACAGUCUGUCUCCAGAGCAGUCCACGUCUGUCAGUGAGGAGGGUUGUUCGUUGAGCCUGGGACCUCUGCCCUCUCCAAAGGAAACACUGACAGGCCAUGGCAUCCCGUCUCCUACACAGGUCCCACCUACAGCUCCUUCUCUCCUACCAACCUCUGGGUCACCCAUUUCACUCAAGCUGACCAAUGAGAAAGGGGCGUCAUCUCUCCUGAGGACAGGUGCCAACAAGCCACAACCCAAACCAAACUGUGACCGCUCUGGCCUGAGACACAAGAAAACCAAGGACAAACCAAAGAUAAAAAAGUUAAAGUACCAUCAGUACAUCCCUCCUGAUCAGAAGGGAGAUAAAGAGCCUCCUCCUCAUCUGGAUUCAUCCUAUGCCAAGAUCCUUCAGCAGCAGCAGCUCUUCUUGCAGCUCCAGAUCCUCAGUCAGCAGCAGCAGCGCUACCACACCAUCCUCCCUGCACCAACUAAAUCCCAGACAGCUCAGCAGCCAUCUUCCUCCUCUAAGUCUAUGCACACCUCCUCCUCCCCACCUCGACCUGCUGGUGCACCUUUAGACUUCUCUAAACAUUUCGUCCACACCUGUCUAAGUUCUGUCCUGCUAGGUGGAACCAAACCAGUGUCUCUGCCUCCAAACCUCGAUGAAAUGAAGGUUGCGGAACUGAAGUCCGAAUUAAAGCUGCGUAACUUGCCUGUCUCCGGCACCAAAAACGACCUCAUUGAGAGGCUGAGGACAUAUCAGGAAUUAAGCCGAGGCAGUGACACUACCUCCUCUCCAACAGCAGGGUGUACCACAGGGCCAGGGGCUGAAGGAGCAGGAAAAUCAUCCAAGAGCGCUGCAAUCAUCAUCACCACUGAAGCAGGCAGCAGUGGGAGCCUAAAUGCAGCAAAACCUCAACAGUUCAUGACCUGCAAUGGGAGCCUUGCCUCUUCAGCUGUCUCCUUCAUUCCCUCACCGACUGCCAUGAGUCCAGAAGACACCAGUUUUAACAGUGACCUCUUAGGGGAGCUGAUGAGUUCACCUCUCAACCAAUUGAGCCUCCAGCCAUCUUCAGUUGCUCAGCUCUCCACAAACGUUAAAGAGGAGCCUCGAUGCUCGACUCCCGCUCCUUGUCAAUACUCUUUAAAGUCUGCCUCUCUUCAAAGACGCUCCUCAGUAUCUUCAGGUGUCCCAGCCACUACGAGCACAGCUCCUCUACUGAGUGUUGAUAAAGACAGAUUGCUGCAGGAGAAAGAUAAGCAGAUAGAGGCGCUGACCAGGAUGUUGUGGCAGAAACAGAGAUUGGUGGAGGUGCUAAAAAUGCAGCUGGAAAAUGGAGACAGAGGAAAGGCUCCAGAGCCAAUCAGUACUCUCGGGGUAAAGGAAGAACCUCUCGAUGAGCCUGAUGUUGCCUUCUCAAUGGACUUUGAUCGAUCUCCCUCGCAAAAAUCACCUAUUUCACAAGCGAUGGAUAUUACCAAGGUAAUUGUGAAACAGGAAGUAAUCGAGGAAGAAGAAGUUAAACCUGAGAAAACUUUCCAGUCCCCAAUCACUCAUGGAUUGCUGCAGUCCUCAACCCAAACACAGGAGGAGCAGCUGGCUCAACAACACACCAUACAGAAAGUCCUGCUACAGCAGCAGCAGCAGCACAACAUCCAGAAUCAGACGCUGGAGAAUCAGCACGACCUGCAGAAACUUUGUCAGCAGAGAAAGAAAAAAUCUCAAAACCAGCAAAAGCAGCUCCUGCUGCAGUCACAACAGCAGCAUCAGCAGUCAAAGCACGUGCAACAGAUGCAGCUGAAGCAACAGCUUCUGCUGAAGCAACAAAAGUCGCACAUGUUGCCACAGCAAAUGAAGACUAAACAACAGACUAAACAACUACAGCAAAUCCAGAUUCAGACCAAAAUACAGCUGAAGCAGCAACAGGUGCUCAAACAGCAGGUGAAGCAGCAGCAGCAGCCAUCUAAGGUGCCUCAAGCAUACCUGAAACAGCAGUCAGGCUCAAGUGCCUCUUUCUCACUGGACCACCUUAAGAUUGACUCCACCCCAACCCUGGUCACUGACACCAACGGUAACCAUUUUCUGAUCGCGCUGACCAAUCACCUUACUGGAAACAAAAUAAAGGACCCUGCUGAGGGAAAAGCAACCAAUCACAUUACACUGCAGCGACUCCAGUCUACUCCAGCCAAACGUCCAGGCCACAACCCUGUUAAGCUGACCAGAGCUGAUAGUAAAGCUCAACAAAGCAUGCAAGUGAAGUUUGUGAAAAAGCACACUAAGAAUGGAGUACUUCAAGUGUCUGUAGAGAAACCACACCAGGGCACAGCUCAGUGUUUGUCAGCACCACCCAGUCUACAGCCAUUCUUCAGGGACCAAGAGCCUGCUCUCUCAGGAAAAAACACCCCUUCAUCUCCUUCUCAGAGUGAGGUGUGCCCAAAUCUGGAGGACUUGUUUAGUCCUGUAUCUCCGGCUUCUGUUCAGACAACAGCCUCAUCUCCCGAUGACAAAGACACAGAUCAUGAAGAUGAUUUCAUUGACAUCAUCUUGCAGAGAGGAGAAACUUCCUGUAAGCCUCCACCAGACCUCUCUCUGAACCGCCUUAAUCGAGACUCCUCCGCUUGUUCACUUCCUCCCUCGCCACUCCAGGUGUUGCUGCCCCCAUCUCCCCCCAUUCCCCCCAGCUGUGGCACUCCACACCCUGACCCCUCUUUGCAGCCUGAGCUUCAAACUGUGGCCGACACCACAGGACAGAAGCAACACCUUAGUCAUGCUGAAAGUGGGCGCCUUGAGGACUUCCUCGAAAGCACCACUGGAAGGCCUCUUCUCGGGGUGGAGCCCGGAGGUCUACUUAGCUUGAUUGAUGACCUUCACAACCAAAUGCUGUGCACUUCCAGCAUUCUGAACCACCCCCUUUCUCCCAUGGAUACCUCAGACACGGCGUCAUGGGAGCAAGGGCUAGACAGUAUGGACUGGUUGAAUCUUACCACAGAAAGAGAUAGAGAAGAGGAAAGUCCAUCACUGGCUCUCCAAACUCCCCCUAGUGUCUUUUCCACAGACUUCCUGGAUAGUUCUGACCUGCACAUACAUUCGGAAUUCUCCUUAUAG